AUGGAAUCAGGGACAAGAGUGUCCACUGGAGUGUCCACUGGAGUGUCCACUGGAGUGUCCACUGGAGUGUUCACUGGAGUGUUCACUGGAGUGUUCACUGGAGUGUUCACUGGAGUGUCCACUGGAGUGUCCACUGGAGUGUCCACUGGAGUGUCCACUGGAGUGUUCACUGGAGUGUUCACAGGACUGUCCACUGGAGUGUCCACUGGAGUGUCCACUGGAGUGUCCACUGGAGUGUCCACUGGAGUGUCCACUGGAGUGUCCACUGGAGUGUCCACUCGAGUGUUCACUGGAGUGGUCAAAGGAGUGUCCACUGGAGUGUCCACUGGAGUGUCCACUGGAGUGUCCACUGGAGUGUUCACUGGAGUGUUCACUGGAGUGUUCACUGGAGUGUCCACUAGAGUGUUCAAUGGAGCGGGUGUAGGUUUCUGA